AUGUUAGCUGGGGGAAGGCGUAUAUUAGCCACUGACCCAAUAACCCCAAUAAUCGGUCUUUUCGAAAGGGACCCAGUCCCGUAUAUGUCGGGGUCAUGUUCGCUAAUACGGUCAGCUCCCGUGAACCACGCCUUGUCCACUUUGGCUAUAGGCAAAUUCAAAACCACCGGUGAACAACGGACGUCGUCGUAUUCGAGGACCACCACCACUUCUUCAAGGAGGAGGAAAUUAAGCGGUCCGGGAUCAUCGCCGCCACGUUGUGCUUGGAAGUGCGGGCGGUGCACCCCGUGUAAGCCGGUUCACAUACCGGUGCCGCCAGGAACACCGGUGACUGCCGAGUACUACCCGGAAGCAUGGAGGUGCAAAUGUGGAAACAAAUUGUACAUGCCAUGAUGCAUGUUUUUUUAAUCGCUAUUUAAUAGCUAGUUAGGUCUUUGUUACAUUAAUUACAAGGGGGUAUUAUGUCAUUAAUCAAUUUAGUAGGACCGAUAUUGAAAAUUUUGGAAAAUAUAUAGAUGGCA